GGUCGCGUGUUCGAUCCACGCUCACCGCAUCUUAUUUUUUUAUUUUCUGCCUUUUGGGCCCUUCACUCCCUAAUUGUAAUUUUCUAUUUGAGGCCCAUUGGACCAUUCACUCUCAAACAGUUCCUAAGCCCAAAUGUUUAGUUGACUCAUUUUGGAAAGUUUGACUAUAGUUUCUUUCAGUUACCUCUUAAAAACUUUGAACUCUAGUCGGAGCCGCCCCCGAACUGGUGAAGCAACAAAGCCAUGGCGAAAGACAACACCCGCCGCACGUGGAACCCUCGUGCCGGUCCAUAUCUCGGAGAAGUCUCCUCCUUAGCUUUCCUCAACCUCCCGCAACACGUUUCCCCCAUUCCUUAUCUUCUCGCCGGAUCCGGUUCGGAGAUUCUGCUUUACGAAUUGAGCUCUGGGGAGCUGAUUCGCUCGUUCCAAGUGUUUGAGGGAGUUCGCGUACAUGGAACUGUUUGUAGCGGGAGCUUUGUUCGUUCUGGUGAUAAGUAUAAGUAUAAGCUUGUUGUGUUUGGGGAGAAGAAAGUGAAGAUCUUUGCGUUGGUUGUUGAGUUAGGUUCGAGUGGUGGUGAAGUCUCUGUGGGUUUGGAAGUGGUUGAGUCUUUGCCGAGGCUUAGCAAUUGGGUCUUCGACGUUUGUUUCUUGAAGGAUGAGGAGGAAGAAGAUAAGCUUCUAGCUAUUGGGUGUAGUGAUAACUCUGUGUGUGUUUGGGAUGUUAAAGAGUCACGUAUGGCUUUUGAGAUUCAUUCACCAGAAAGAUGUCUACUUUAUACUAUGCGAUUAUGGGGCAAUAGUAUUUCGACUCUACGCAUUGCGUCUGGGACUAUUUUCAAUGAGAUCAUUGUUUGGAGGGCUUCUGGUCUUGAUGGUGACAACUUAGGCAAUGGGAAAUAUUGUGCGUCCCAUAUGCUUAGACUCAUUGGUCAUGAGGGUUCAAUAUUUCGCAUCGUUUGGUCUUCGGAUGGAUCUAAACUAGUCUCUGUCUCUGAUGAUCGUAGUGCUAGGAUAUGGGAAAUUGAUUCGCAGGAGGUCAUUGGCCCUGUGCUGUUUGGUCACAGUGUGAGGGUUUGGGACUGCUGCAUCUCAGACUCUUUGAUUGUUACUGCUGGUGAGGAUUGUACAUGCCGUAUCUGGGGCAUGGAUGGUACGCAGCUGGAAGUGAUAAAGGAACAUACCGGAAGAGGCAUAUGGAGAUGUUUGUAUGAUCCGAACUCAUCCCUUCUUGUUACUGCUGGAUUUGACUCCGCAAUCAAAGUGCAUCAAUUGCAUAAUUGUGGGUCUGAAAUCUUGUUGGAUACUGUAGGAAUGCAUGAUUCACAAGAUAAAGUGGAAUCUUUUUCAACCCGUCUCCCAAAUUCAGUGCAGCAUACUGGUCGCAUGGACAGCAAGAGUGAGUAUGUACGCUGUUUGCAGUUUACGCAGGAGGAUACCAUGUACGUGGCCACAAACCAUGGUUGCUUGUACCAUGCAAGAUUGUUACCAUCUGGAAAUGUAAAGUGGACUGAGCUAGUUCGCAUACCUGAAGAAGGGCCUAUUAUUACCAUGGAUGUUUUGCCUGGAGGAAAGGUACACGAGUCUUGUGCAUUAGAUGAUUGGGUUGCUCUUGGAGAUGGCAAAGGAAAUAUGACAAUAGUUCGAGUUAUUGGUGAUAUGUGUAACCCACUUGCGGGAUCCAAUCAAACUUGGAAGGCUAGCCCAGAGAGACAACUUCUGGGGACCUUCUGGUGCAAAUCAUUAGGAUAUAGGUUUGUUUGUUCUUGCAAUCCUAGAGGACUGUUGAAGCUGUGGAGACUAUCUGAUCCUUUAGCUUCUGCUGCUUCUAGCGCUUAUGAUAUCUCCCUUGUGGCCGAAUUCUCCUCUUCUUUUGGAAUGCGAAUAAUGUGUGUAGAUGCAUCAGCUGAAGAUGAGGUGCUUGUGUGUGGAGAUUUACGUGGCAAUAUUACACUUUUUCCCCUGUCAAAGGAUAUGCUGGACGGGGUUUCUGUUUCUCCAGAAUUGAAGAUACCUUCAUCUAACUAUUUCAAAGCUGCCCAUGGGAUUUCAACUGUUUCCAGUCUUUCAGUGGUCAGAUUAACUUCCAACAAAGCUGAGAUAUACUCGACUGGAGCAGACGGUUGCAUAUGCUAUUUUGAAUAUGACAGAGAGAGGCAGGCUUUAGAGUUUAUGGGUUUGAAACAACUGAAAGAGUUGAGCUUAGUCCAAUCUGUUUGCCAAGGCAUGCACUUUUCCAAAGACCAUCCGAACAAUGAAUAUGCCGCUGGAUUUUCAUCAACUGAUUUUAUUUUGUGGAACUUAACAACUGAAACAAAGGUUGCACAGAUCUCAUGCGGUGGAUGGCGUCGUCCCCACUCUUUCUAUCUCGGGGACAUCCCUGAGAUGCAAAACUGUUUUGCUUAUGUGAAGGAUGAUGUCAUUCAUAUUCAUAGACACUGGGUUGGAGGAGAAAAGACCAAAGUCUUUCCUCUAAAUUUGCAUACACAAUUUCAUGGAAGAGAAUUACAUUCCUUAUGUUUCAUCUCUGCGGAUACAAAAGCUGGAUUUGAAUCUGAAGAACGCAAAAUAUCUGAUCGGUCUAGUUGGAUUGCAACAGGUUGUGAAGAUGGAUCCGUGAGAUUAACUAGGUAUGCAUCUGAGUUUGGAAAUUGGUCAACAUCAGAGCUAUUAGGAGAACAUGUUGGAGGAUCAGCAGUGAGAUCAGUUUGCUGUGUAUCAAACAUGCACAUAAUUGCUUCAGACAUACCAGACAUUGGCGGAGAAGACUCUGUGAUGGAUGAUAGUGAAAGCCCUUGCUUACUGAUAUCUGUUGGAGCCAAGCGUGUUCUAACCUCUUGGCUCCUAAGGAAUGGUAGACAAAAUAAGAAGGGAGAAUCUUUAGUUAGUGAUAACGGAGACGAUAGAGCUUCAUCGGAUGUCUCUUCAGUGACGUUCCAAUGGCUUGCUACUGACAUGCCCACCAAAAGUAAAAAGAUUGAGAAAUCUCCGAAACUGGAUGUUGUAGAAGAAGAUACUAGCGUUAACGUCACAGAAUCAAGAUCCAAUUCCUACCAGGGGCGAGAAAAUUAUGAAGAUGACUGGAGAUACAUGGCUACGACUGCUUUUCUAGUCAAAUGUGUUGGUUCCAGGUUAACUAUCUGUUUUAUCGCUGUGGCUUGCUCUGAUGCCACCCUUACACUACGAGCGCUGGUCUUGCCGCAUAGAUUGUGGUUUGAUGUUGCGUCUUUGGUUCCUCUGAAAUCUCCAGUUCUGUCACUACAACACGCCAUUGUGCCUCUGCAUCCUCCAAAUGAAGGUGAGAAUAAUAAUACAUCAUCUAGUGAUGCUUAUCUUCUCAUCAGUGGAGCCACAGAUGGAAGCAUAGCCUUUUGGGAUGUAACUACAAGUGUAGAAGCUUUUGUGAAGCAAGUAUCGAGCCUCCAUAUCGAGAAGUUCAUUGAUUGUCAGAAACGACCACGAACUGGAAGAGGAAGCCAAGGUGGUAGGAAAUGGAAACUGUUAGGCGCGAAGAGAACACAAGACAGUAGCAGUACCUUGGUUAGUGAAUCUGCAGAAGAAGAUCCAGCAAAUGGUGUUAUUCCUCAGGAAAACGGUAACAACGAAAGUGCAGAUUCUCUUCCUGAUACAAGCGAGAUAAAGCCUUCACAUGUCGUUAAGAAUGCUCAUCAAUCUGGCGUCAACUGCCUUCAUGUUUCCCGCUCGAGCAGCUCUCCAAGUCACGGCAAUGGUUUGAUGUUCAAUGUGAUUAGCGGGGGUGAUGAUCAAGCCCUUCAUUGUCUUAGCUUCAACAUCCUUAGCAGUAGUCCUGCCAACAAAUCUGAACAAACCCCAAGUUACAGUAUCAGGCUUACAGACCGUGGUGGUGUUGCAUCAGCUCAUAGCUCUGCCAUAAAAGGUGUGUGGAUGGACGUGAAGUGGAUAUUCUCAACAGGUCUUGAUCAACGUGUGAGAUGUUGGUAUCUAGACAAAGAUGGUAAACUGGUCGAGCACGCUCAUAUAAUCAUCAGUGUACCAGAGCCAGAGGCGCUUGAUGCUAAAGCCAUUGAUGAAAACAGAUACCAAAUCGCUGUGGCUGGACGCGGAAUCCAAAUGGUUGAAUUCUCCGGUUAACAGCUCGGUUCGUGUCAAAGAACUGUAAUUUGUACCAACCCAAUUUUGAUUGCUGGUUAAGAGUAAACCGGGGUUGCUUUCUGGUUUAAAGUUUGAUAAGAGAUGUGUUUUUUGUCGGUCGGUGGUCUAUUAAAUUGUGGGAUCAUGGAUCUGAACCCAAUUUGAUAGUUACAUUAUUGCUCAAAGAUCGGUAAUAUGGAGUUGUGCCCCAUGUGGGUGGGACCUUUGUGGACGAAAUAUCAACGUUACACAUGACCUUAUUCAUGUUACUAAUCAAUUAAGUACGAUUCAUUAAUAAAUUAUAUUCGUCACA